AUGUGCUUCCCUACCGUCUCCGACCACACCCCUUCGGCCGAGAGCAGCGCCUCCUCCGCUUCCCAGUCCUUCCCCUCCUUGACACCACACUCCUCCAGCACGUCCUCCCAGCAAGUCUACUCGGAAGGCUCCAUCCGCAAGCGUACUCAACGCGCAUGCGAAGUCUGUCGUCGCAAAAAGGUCAAGUGCAACGGCCAGAAGCCGUGCAACCAGUGCAUCGCCUUUGCCGAAGAAUGCAACUAUGUCGACGUCAAGGACCGUUCGGCGUACAGUAGGAGGUAUGUCGAGUCUCUCGAGGCGCGCAUUGUCGAUCUGGAGAGCAACCAGGUGCAGCUGCAGAGGAAUCAGGACGUACUCUACCAGAUGGUGACGGGUGGGACACCGAUCACGGGUGGAUCGCUGCCCACGCAGGUCGUGCCUGGUCAGCAGGCGCAAUUCGGAGUGCUGAGGCGGGCGAGUGAUCCCGGGACUAGCGGUUCGGGUGGCUGGACGGACGGGCGAGUUCAACGCACCUCGCAGCUGCAGCUCACUCCGAUCGACGAUGGCGCUCGAUUCCAGCCUCAACAGCCGAUGGAUUUGACCUCGCUGUCCGCCAUGACCCUCGCGUCGGGUGCAUCUGGAUCCAGCGUCGGCUCUGUCCAGGACAACCAUUCUACAGCGUCAUCGGCAGCCUUGGCGCCGGUCUACAAGUCCGAGCCUGAGCCGAUGAUGGAGCGGCAAUCACAGCGAGUGUCAACCAUGGCUACGCACGGUGCAUCAGCCCGUAUGAUGUCUAACAAGAGGUUCCGCGCUGCCACCAUAACGCACAAUCCCUCGCCGUAUGCUGUUUCUUCAAGAUCGAGACCAGAGACUGCGCCUUCGACAGUGGCACAUGCUGCUCAUGCCACGUUCGCAUUUGGCGCGGCAGCUGGCACGCCGGAGCAGUGGACAAGGCCAAGCGCUUCUAGCAUCUCUCCCGAACUCGCACUUUUCGCAUCGCCGUCGAACCAGCAGCAGCAACCGCCCACUCAAACAGGCCAGAUGCAGCCGCAACAGCAGCUCGACCUCAACCUCCAACAGCAGAAUCUCACGGCAGGCCUCAUCGACCAGAUUAUCCACGAUCAACCCGCACGGCAGGCUCCGUGA